UUUACUGCGCACCGGCUCCUCUGUGCUCUAGUGGCAGCCGAGGAGCAAUGGUGCUCGGAGCGUCCGGAGACGUCGGUGUUUCGGGUUUCUCGGAGGAGCAAAUGAAAUGCCGGGGAAUAUGAGCAAAGAGGAUGCCCCCAGUCGGAGCACUUGUUUGACCUUCACAAUUGACAACAUCCUCAACCUGAGGCCGCAAGAAAGUGGAGAUUUGGACUGUUCAAACGGGCAGAAAGACGGUGGAUGUAAGAAUGUUUUGGAGGAGCGAUGUGAGGAUGUGUGGGACGUCCGAAGGACAGAGGAGACAGUGAAGCCCAGAGUUCAGCGUGGGGGAAACACACCGCUGCUCACCGCUGGAUCCUGUCCGCAAAAUGAGUGCAGCGCUGAGGAGCCACAGCAGCAGCAGCAGCACCACCACCACCACCAACAACAACAGCAGCAGCAGCAGACUGUGGACUCCAAAGCCAUGGUAAAGAAGAAAACGCGCACCAUCUUCUCCAAGCGACAGAUAUUUCAGCUCGAGGCGACUUUUGACAUGAAGCGCUAUCUGAGCAGCUCGGAGAGAGCGUGCCUCGCGAGCUCCCUGCAGCUCACGGAGACCCAGGUGAAAAUCUGGUUCCAGAACCGCCGCAACAAACUCAAGAGACAGCUGUCCACGGACAUGGAGGGGCCGCUGACCGCCGAUCACUUCACAGAGGCAGGAAAAAACGUGCAAUUACCAACUUUUUACAAAGACAGCAGCGUGCUGGGCGGAUGUUUGUUACCCAUGCCGUUCCCUGUCGUGUACCCGACGGCAAACGCCGCGCCUUACAUUUACUUCUCUAACACUGGCAAAUACUUUGGCCUCUUUGAUGCAGACUGUUGAGUUGUCUCUUGGGUGCGUGGACACUCCGACUUACAGUCAGCCCAAUUUUUUUUGCAUGAUACGUCUGAUCCUUUUUUCAUUUUUAACUUUUUUUAAAUGAGUUGUCAACAUAUCAACUAAUUCAACGUGCAUGCGCCACUUUUUGGUUUAUUAUUAUUAUUAUUAUUAUUAUUAUUAUUAUUAUUAUUAUUGAAUUUUAUAUACAGAGUUUAUCAUCUUGAAUUGUGCAUGCGUUCAAAUCCUCGGAGCAGUUUUCCUUUGCGCAGUAAUGUCAUCUGAAAGAAUGUACCAUACGUUAAACUCCUGAUGCUGCAUCAGCCUUACUACCCUGCAAUAAUACUUUCUGUUUGUGUGUGUUCAUUGUUUUUCCUGUGGAGCAACACUUGGUUUGUAUUUAUAUGGCCUUAUCAUUGUUUUGUUUUGUUUUUAAAAAAACAACUUUUAUCUUUUGUUUUCACUUUUAUAAGACUGUUAAACUGUGAAGACGGUUAUUCUACGACGAUCAUAUUUUGCAAUAAAACGUGUAAUAUUUGCA